AUGCGCGCCAUUCAUAGCCCCCUCCUUCGAAAGUCCGUCUGUUCAACAUGGCAUCUUCGACCGCUUCUCGCUGCGCAAUGGCUCUGCUCCCUCCAUCGCGAUCAUGUCCGCGGCUUCAGCCUCUACAAGCUCUCCCGGGCGAAAACAACACUCGGAACGCACGGUGUCAAAGCAUACACGCCCUUCCGGCCGCCUCAGCUGUCUGAAGACAUGACUGUCCUCCUAUCCGACAAGCGCAAAGGACAGACACAGACAGGCGAGCAGCAAAAACCAGACUCCCUAUUGAAGCUUGGGGACACACUCACCGUGUCCAAACUCGAUGAAACGAUCACCCCGGGCUCGUUUCUGCUGCCAAAGGAAACUAACUCGGGUUGGUCAACCUGCUGGCAGACGCCUGAUCCCAACCUUACAUCGCUACAAUACGAGCUGCGCGAGCUCGAGCCUGCCAAGCCGACGAAACCGAAGAAGAGGACACAGGCAUAUGCAGAAAUACAGCUCCAGUUCACGUCACCGGUCUCGUAUUACCAUACUCGCCUACGCGCCGCCGCCCUGUUCCUCGAGCAAAAUCGAAUCGUCGAGAUCCACGUCCGCGUCCCGAACCAAGCCCUUGGGAAGUCCGUCGGAAAAGACAACAACACCAGAAACGAUGCCGCAUUUGAAUGGUUCUGGAGCACCAGACCCCAUCUCUGGCCUAGCAUCAUGCUGAAAGCGAUGCCGAAGGGGACAUACUUCAAGAUCAAUCCGUAUAUUGGGAGGAAUGAGGUCGCCUGGGUCUUCGCAUGUUCACGUCCAGAGGAAGGUGACGGAAAAGCAUCGUCGCCGCGAUCGAAUUCCACGAUAAAGGUCGAGAAGAUGCGACAGAAACAAGAAGCGCUGGACAUGGAGGGCAAAGGAGUACCUGCAGCACCCGAGCGAAAGGCGAUCAUAAGGGUAAUCAAAAAGCGGAUGAGGGAUGGAGAAGAGCUCACCGAAGCAGAUAUCCCCUUGUGGUACAAGGCCACAUGGAGGUCAGGGAUGAAACGCCGAGCACAAAAACGUGAAAAGAUGGAAGCGCGCAUCAUAAAGAAGCUCAAAACGUUGGAGGAGAGAGAAAAUCGGAUGGACGCAUCGAAAAGCGUCAAGGAUGCGAAUGUGGACAGAGCGGGAGUGGGACUAUCGCGGAAUGAGACAGGUCAAGGACAAGAACCCCUGGUGAGGUUCACGAAGGAGGACAAGACGGCAACUAAGGGCGUGCAGGGGAUUCAGAAUGGCGAAAAGGAGAUUGAGGCAGUACGUAUUGCGGCGGAGAGGCUGCACAAGGGAGUGACUGAGGAGAGGAAGAUGGCAAUGAAGAGCGUAAAGGUGAUCCAGGAUGGCGAAAAGGAGAUUGAGGCGUUGCGUAUUGCGGCGGAGAGGCUGCGUAAGGGGGCGACGAAGGUGAAUGGAAGUCACACGCCCUAG